GUUGUUUGAAAAAAAAAAAAUAUAUUAGAAUUUGAGAAGUGUGAUUCAAAUAAAUUUUUUUUGAAAAAAAAAAUGUCUUCGAAACCAAUAUUGUACGAGAUGGAUAUCACACCCGGAUCGCGGGCCAUCAAAAUGGUUGCCCGUCUCAUCGGAUUAGAAUUGGAGCUUGUGACAAUUGAUUUGUUUGCUGGUGAACAUAUGAGCGAAUCAUUUGUUAAAAUGAAUCCUCAACACACCGUACCUACUCUGAACGACAAUGGGAACAUAAUCUGGGAGAGUUCGGUUAUCUGCACUUAUCUGAUCGAUAAGUUCGCCAAGAAUGAUGCACUGUACCCGAAAGAUUUGUACGAACGUGCCAAAUGCAAUCAACGGCUCCAUUUCUCUGAUGCGAUUCUUUAUCAACGAGUGCGUAAUUGUUCUAUGAUUUACUACUUGGGCGGUACGGAAAUACCGGAAAAGGACAUCAAAUCACUGUAUGAGGCCUACGAUCUAAUGGAAGCGUUUUUAGCAAACCAUACACACUUGGUUGGUGAUCAAUUGACCGUUGCUGAUUUGUGUUGUAUUGGUUUGGUUGGAUCCAGUCAUGAGAUUUACGCUCCAAUAACGGCUGAUAAAUAUCCGAAACUUUUUAAUUGGUUUGAACGAAUGAAACGCCUACCGUUCUUCGAUGAAAUGGAAGCACCGUUUGUUUUGAAGUACAAGAAUGUUUUACAUUCACUUAAAGAAGCAAAUUCGAAAAAAUGAGCCAUGUAAAUUCCGUUUUUUGUCGAAUAAAUCGAAAAGCUAAAUGGUCGUCUUUUUCAAAAUUUCUUA